CGCCAGUCUUUUCCCGUCUGGCCUCGUUUUGUGGCAUCCCCCACUUUCUCCAUCAUGGCCGCCAGCAAUGACCUUCGGGGCUGGGUCAUGAGCGCCGUGUCGGGCGUGGCCUGUGUCCUGGGGUCGUCGGUCAUUUGCAUCGAUCUCAUCUUGCGGCGGUUCUCUCGCCGCAAGAGCUUUCAGAUCGUCCAUAACAAUGCUUUCUUGUCUGCCUCGCUCAGUCUGAGCGCGGGUGUCAUGCUCUUCACCUCCCUAUACAGCAUGCUCCCUACCUCCCACAGAUACCUUAUCCGGGCCGGGUUGUCUCCCUCUCUGGCGGCCUACAUCCUGAUCGGGCUCUUUCUGGCUGGCGUAGUUGUCAUCCGUCUGGCGUCGGCACUUCUACAUCGGUACAUUCCGUCUCAUGUCGUCGACUGUGCCCAUACCCAUGAGCCACACGCCGGCUCCGAUCCUGAACAUGGUGGCAAACCAGAUGGGCAUCUGCAUGCACACGACUCGAAUAACAUGAGCGAACGGACUCCUCUUUUGACGCGGUCGUACAAGUCUUCCCCGGCCACUGUCACUCUCCCUACGAUGGCAGACCCCGCCUUGUUGCACGAGGAAUCGUUGCGUAUCCGCCUGACACGCCGCCUCAGCCGUCUUGUUGUUGGAGUCAAACCCCAUUGCGAUGAAAAUGGCCCUUGCUUUGGCUUUUCACAAGCCUGUGGGCACGAGUGCACCAAGACGCUCGAGGGCUCGGAAAUUUCUGUCGCGGACGAUGGCACCGUGCGCCCGCCCCUUCCGCACCCCCACAGCAUCGCCGGACAAAUCGACUCGACACGACCGGAGGAUUUGGAGGCAGGCCUGCCGUCGCACAGCCUCCCUCAUGAAGCGAGCUCAUCCUCGUCCCGGACCGGACACCUUGAUGACGAGGAUGCGACGUCCGAGGAUGGAACUAAGCCCGGAAAUCCUCAACACCACCACCAUGUGCCACAGAACGCCUUUCUGGCAAUUGGCCUGCAGACGUCGAUAGCCAUCGCCCUGCAUAAGCUGCCGGAGGGUUUUAUCACCUAUGCUACCAACCAUGCAAGCCCGACUCUAGGACUCACCGUUUUCUUGGCUCUCUUCAUCCACAACAUCAGCGAGGGAUUUGCCAUGGCCCUGCCUCUGUACCUCGCCCUUCAUUCGCGCGGCUGGGCCAUGUUCUGGUCGAGCCUGCUAGGCGGCAUCAGUCAACCGGCGGGCGCUGCCCUGGCCGCUCUGUGGAUCUGGGGGGCUCGUCGUGCCAACGGCGAUGAGGCCACCGGGCCGUCAUGGGGCGUGUACGGUGGCAUGUUUGCCGCCACAGCGGGGGUCAUGGUCUCCGUUGCUUUGCAACUAUACAGCGAGGGACUCACGCUGACUCACCACCGGGGAAUGUGCACGGGGUUCGCUAUUGGAGGAAUGGUCCUGAUGGGGCUCAGUUUUGCCCUUACCGCAUGAUCAGAUGGCGUUCUUGUUCGGAUCUUACAGAUGCAGUGCAUUUAUUAGACAACAGAGUCAGAAUAGCAUUCCUGGCGUUAGGUUGUGAUUAUUAACGAGUAACGACAUUGAAUUAUAGAGUGGCUGUAACCUAUUAGUUAGUACCACAAUCAGACAUGCCAUUCUUG